AUGCCGGGACUCGUGGGCCGCUUCGCACGAACAGUGAUGGCUGGGCGUCGCGGCCGUCUCGUCAGGUGGUACAGUGGUGGUGGUGGAGACGACGACGGCGGCGGAAGCACAGAGGACGCUCAGGCCAGAGAACUGAUCGACAGACAGCUGAAACUGGCGCCGGCCGGCGGCCACCAGGUGCUAAUCGUCCAGCCGUACAUCAAAUGGGGGGCCAACAAGGACAGGAACACGAGGCCGGAAAUCAAGGCGGAUGAGAGCCGGUCGCUGGUGCGCACCUUGGCCGAAUGGUCGGUGACGGACACGUUGUUAGUAGGCCUCACAUCAUACCGGAAGCAUACGUUUUUCGGUCCCGGCAACGUGGACGCGAUUGCGCUUCGGGUGGCCCGCGACCGCCGCAUCACAGCCGUGUUCGUCAGCGUCAACGUACUGAAGCCGAUCCAACACCAGCAUCUGGAACACCGUUUCGGUGUGCCCGUCUAUGACCGGUACCUGAUGGUGGUGCAGAUAUUCCGCAGACACGCCAUCACUAGGGAGGCCAAGCUGCAGGUGGCCCUGGCAGAGCUGCCGUACAUCUGGUCACGGAUACGCGGCGUGCAGGAUGGGUACGCCGAGCGGCUGGGCACAGAGGCGGGCCAGAUAGCCCUCAGCGGUAAGCUCGGGUACGACGAUAAGAAGGACUUGCUUAAGUCAUAUGAGAAGAAACUCAAGAAGUUAGUGGAGAAGCUGAGGAGCCACCGGCAACACCUGCGGCACAAUAGGACUAACAAGGACUUACCCGUUGUUGCCGUGGUUGGAUACACAAACGCUGGCAAGACAUCGCUGGUCAGGGCGUUGACUGGUGAUGUGGGCCUAGUGCCUAAGGACUGCCUGUUUGCCACGCUCGACGUGACCGUGCAUGGGGGCGUGUUGCCGUCCAACAUGACUGUACUCUAUGUAGACACCAUAGGUUUCAUAUCGGAUAUACCGACUAGACUCAUUGAACCGUUUAUCGCUACGCUGGAGGAUGCCAUGUUCGCCGACGUUAUCGUCCACGUACGGGACAUGUCUCAUCCCAAUGUCAUUGUACAAAAAGCCCACGUUGAGGAGACGCUAAAGAACUUAAGUAUCAACCCAGAAUUAUUGAACGGUGUGAUCGAUGUUGGGAACAAAGUUGAUCGUCUAGAUAACGUAGAGCCUGAUGGAAGUUCGGUGUUUAUAUCUUGUACCACUGGGGAGGGUUUGGAGGAGCUCAAGAAGAAAAUAGAAAGUCAAAUAAUGAAAGCUACUGGUAGACGAACAAUUAAAAUUCGGGUCCGCACUGGCCGAGAUGAAUAUGAAUGGUUAAGAACACACACAGCUAUUGUCAAUAUCAACACCGAUGGUGAUUAUUCUGUUAUGGAGGUUAUUGUUACCCAAUCUGAUCUAGAUGUAUUUAAGAGUUUAUUUAUACGAAAGAAAAUAAGCAGUUAG